AUGCGAGAGAGGCUCGGCAAGCCCAGGGGAAAGGAGCUGACGAUCGAGGAAAAUAGAAGAGGCACAAUAGGGGGAGCUGUCGGUGGCAGUGGUUUAGGCUGUCGCACCGCUUGA